AUGAGUCGGAAUAUAUAUUACUCCGAAAAAUACUACGAUGACAUCUAUGAAUACAGACACGUCCACCUACCGAAAGAUUUGGCGAAACAGGUACCUAAAAAUCACCUUAUGUCCGAAAUGGAGUGGCGAAAGUUGGGAAUUCAACAGUCAGCUGGUUGGGUGCAUUAUAUGAUCCAUGAACCAGAACCACAUAUCAUUCUGUUCCGACGAUCACGCACAGAUAUACAACAACCAACAUCAUCUGCUGCUAAUAAGACAGAAUCUGGUCAAGUCCCUAUGCAUGCAUAA